UUCUAGCCAAGAAUUGCAAACUAGUUCUGGUUGUCAAUUUUGGAGUGAUUUACGUAGUUGAUCAAACAAUCCCAUGAACACGUAACAUUUAUUUUAUACAAACUAAAAGUAAGUUGUUUAGUUAUGCAUAAUCAAAUGGAAGUCAAACAGUCAUCCCAUGAAAGAUGUGAAGUGUGGUCAGGUGAGUUUUGAGUCGCGUGUGACGAGAAAGUAGUAGAUAUAAACGCAGAAGUAAUAUUACUGUAAAAUUAGGCUUAUAAAACUCAUGCUGACGAUUAGUCCUGACGCUGUGGGUAGAAAAAGUUUGCAUCAGAUUUUUUAGAUAACCUUGGUAAUUCCGGAAAUAUGUUUUACAGAUAUUCACAAUAAAAGUACAAGCACGUAAAAAAAAAAAAUGCAGACUCUUACUAGAUAAUAUUUGGUGUGCUCUUAUAGUUCUAAUCAUUUUAUACGUAUUAUUAAUGUGAAUAAGUAAGGGUUUGCAGUAUAAAAUUAUCCUAAAAUUUUAAUCGGAACGGAAAAGCUUUUGUCACUUAUUGACGGUACGCUAAGCCGGAAAUGCGAAGCAAGCGGUAACGACGCCAUUUCAUGUUUCAUUCAUUUGAACUGGCUGCCGUAUUCGUAUUUUGGGUAUAACGGAAAAGGGAAAUAAAAAUGGUGAAGAUAUUUGUGGGCAACCUGUCUGAAAGUACCACAAAGGAGGAGCUACACUCUCUCUUCACCCAAUAUGGCAAAAUCACAGAGUGUGACAUUGUAAAGAACUUUGGCUUUGUUCACAUGGAGGAACAGUCUGAUGCCGAAGAGGCCAUUCGCAACCUCCACCACAAAAUGAUGAAUGGUCAGGCUAUCAAUGUGGAGCUCAGCAAGGGUAAAGCGAAGAGCAGGUCCAGGGGUUCUACAAAGCUGUACGUGAGUAAUAUCGCCACUACUUGCACCAACCAAGAGCUGCGGGCCAAGUUUGAGGAGUAUGGCCCUGUGAUGGAGUGUGACAUUGUCAAGGACUACGCAUUUGUACAUCUGGAACGAGAGGACGAUGCCAUGACUGCCAUCAAAGGCUUGGACAACUCGGCCUUCCAAGGCAAGCUGAUGAACGUACAGCUGUCCACCAGUCGGCUGCGUACCGUGCCCGGAAUGGGAGACCACGCUGGGUGUUACGUCUGCGGGAAACCGGGCCACUGGUCCAAAGACUGCCCGCGCGGGCAGAACGGUAGCUAUGGCGAUGGAGGCGGUUUCCGCGAGGGCCGGGGGUACCCACAGGGACCUCCAGGUUUUGGCAGGGGCGGUCCUGGAUAUGGUGGCGGCCCCGGGAUGCUUCGUGUCCCACCUGACUACAUGGGAAGUCCAAUGUAUGGCCGAGUGGCGGGGUAUCCUGGGGCGUCCCCCAUGAGCCGUCACCCUGGCUACGGUGCGACGCGGGACUACGGUAGCGAUGGCAGAGAUCAGUAUGUCAGUAGAUCGGCAAUGUCUUACCCAGACAGGUCUGCGGCCUACGAGCGUGAGCGAGAGCGCUACUCCGCUACCAUCGACUACUACGAAAAGUACAGGGCUCGACCGUACAGCUCCAGCUACCCGGAGGAUCGGCGUCUCUCCAUUCCUCCUCCUCCCCCGCCUCCCUCCUCUGCUGCCCUGUCAAGGAUGAGGCUGUCAUCCAGCCUCGAUGCGUAUGAUCGUCCGCUGGGUGGCGCAGCAUCCACAGUCUCUGCGGCCUCCGCGUCCUACUACUCACGGGACCGCAGUCCAAUAAGGCGAGUGUCCGGUGGCACCUCGAGCUACGCGUACGAGCGCUCGCGCCUCUCCCCGGUGUCCAGGAGUUCGUCCUACACCGUAUCGCGGUCCAGAGAGGCCUACGGCGAGCGGCCACGCUAUGCGUACUAAUAUCAAGCACACGCCAAGGUGUGUUGAAUCUGCAGGAAUUUCCGUCGCAACCAUUCCCGUGGCCUGUUGGCGUGAUCCCAACUCAACCGUUUAGUUUUGGAAUUGCGUUUCGGGAGGUGCCGGGUGGAUCUGGCAAACGCGUGCCUCUUGUGGGCACCGUAUGCUGGUGGAUGGUUCUCUUAGUCGACUUUAUAGCCCUGCUAUUUCAUACAUGCGAUUGCCGCUGAUAUACUCAUUAAUUUCUUUGAUGCUGUUGUUUUACAGGAAACAUCUUUCAUGGUAUCUUCCGAUCUGCUGUUUUCCCCCCCUUUUUGGCAUCUGUUCAGUUCAUUGGUCAUUUAUGGAAUUAAAAUCGCAGCAAUGUCUGAGUGUGUAACUAAGAA